CUCCCUCCUAGAAGAGAGGAGAAUGGGUGGUAUGAAGGAGUGGGUGGAGGAUCGUCGCUACCUUUUUAGUGGUUCAGCUUCGGCAUCAGGGAGCCAUUCCUACUGAUGUACACUCCGCUCUUGUCUUGAAUUUUUGACAUCAAAAUCGGGAAAAGGCGAGAAAGAGGCAAAUCAAUGUUCAGAAUAUCAAGAUAAAGACCUCUUUUUAUUGUUACCGGUAGUUUAAUUCCGGAAACUGGGCAAAUUAGUACGACCCCCUUCGCCUAACUCUCCAGCCUUAAAAGGACCUACACCUUGAAUUGUGCGUGAUCUUUUCUGGCCUCUUUUCUAAUGAAAAUGUUCCAGACUGUUCCCGACACGUCGUCUUACGUCAAGGUAAGACAAGAACGUCCCUAUAACCAGGAGGCCUUGUCGGUGGUAAGUGACGACCAAUCCUUAUUUGAGCCUCCAUACGUCACUGCUGCUCAAAUACCCAAGCCAGAUAUGACUGCCUCAGGAACACCAGAUUAUGGACAACCCCAUAAAAUCAACCCUUUACCUCCUCAACAAGAAUGGAUUAAUCAAUCAGUCCGGGUGAGCGUGAAGAGAGAAUAUGAUCACAUCAAUUGCUCAAGGGAGUCCCCGGUGGACUGCAGUCUCGGCAAAUGUAAUAAAUUGGUUUCCACCGCGGAGGCGAGCCAGAUGAGCUACGGCAGUUAUAUGGAUGAGAAGAAUGGCCCUCCACCCAACAUGACCACGAACGAGAGGCGCGUUAUCGUACCGGCAGACCCCAGUUUUUGGUCGCAAGACCACGUACGGCAAUGGCUGGAAUGGGCAAUCAAAGAGUAUGGCUUACUAGAUAUUGACACAUCAUUACUUCAGAGUAUGGAUGGCAAAGAGCUUUGCAAAAUGAACAAGGAAGAUUUUUUAAGAAUCACUUCAGGGUAUAAUGCUGAGGUCUUACUGUCACAUCUCAAUUAUCUCAGGGAAAGUAGUUCAACGUUACCCUACAACACCCCAUCUCAUACGGAGCAGUCCCCACGUCUCCAAGCAAAAGAAGACCCCUCCUAUGAAGCAGUCCGACGAUCAGGAUGGACCAAUAGUGUUCACAAUUCCAAAGCUUCACCAGCUGUGGCACAAAAUGGGUCCAAGAACUCUGAACAGCAGCGACCACAACCAGACCCCUACCAGAUUCUAGGCCCCACAAGCAGUCGCUUAGCCAAUCCAGGUAGUGGUCAAAUCCAACUGUGGCAGUUUCUGUUGGAGCUUUUGUCAGACAGCUCCAAUGCUGGCUGUAUAACCUGGGAAGGAACCAAUGGCGAGUUCAAGAUGACAGACCCAGAUGAGGUGGCUCGACGCUGGGGAGAACGCAAAAGCAAACCCAACAUGAACUAUGACAAGUUGAGCCGUGCCCUUCGUUACUACUAUGACAAGAACAUCAUGACUAAAGUGCAUGGAAAGCGCUAUGCUUAUAAGUUUGAUUUCCAUGGGAUUGCUCAGGCCUUGCAACCCCACCCUACUGAGUCAUCCAUGUACAAGUACCCCUCAGACCUGGCUUACGUGCCCUCCUAUCACACCCAUCAACAGAAAAUGAACUUUGUGUCCCCUCAUCCUUCCUCCAUGCCUGUCACAUCCUCCAGCUUUUUUGGAGCUGCAGCCCCCUACUGGAGUUCCCCUACUGGUGGUAUCUACCCAAGUCCUAGUGUUCCUCGGCAUCCUAACACUCAUGUGCCUUCCCAUCUCAGCAGCUAUUACUGACACUGCUGCAGGGGGAACUGUACUUAAUUCUGAACUUCUUUUUUGGAAAUCUUUGAACUUGUGGAAACAAGGAAAACUUGGCAAAAACUGGAUUUACCACCUACUUUGAAAUGGAAUACUACUUAAAAUACCUGCUUGUACAGGAAGAUUGUUUGGUUUUUACCGUGGAUAUUUUGUUUAUCUUCAAAAUACUUUUCGUUUUUCAUGAUUCUGAGUGUAGUUCCAGGAGCCAGGAUUAUCACCAUAUUCUCUGCAUUGCAGACAUUUCAAUGACGGAGGGGAUCCACCUCUUGUGCAGUUUUGCUGCACUGGUGGUCCUUGCAAAUCACGUACCCAUAUGUAAAUCUCAAGGAGGAUCAACCAGCAUUGACCAUAACAAUUCAGAACCCAUCUAAAUAAACCAAAAUAUAUAUUUCUGUCUUCAAAAUCUGAGGUUUUUUUUAACAACAAAGCUUGAAAAUCUGGAAACUAUACAAUGAAGGUUUGGUCAGAAUGAGAACGUCUCACUGUGACUGGAAAGGCAACUGGAAGACUUGAUAUUUUUGGCAGCAAACUGGAAUAAGACCAGCAAUGGGACUGUGUAUUGUGGCACUGAGAAAAAAAUUCAGUGGUUAUUCUCAGCUAUCGUUCUGCAUUUCCAUUUCUUUUCUGGAUAUAUGCCCAUUAUAAUGUGCACACCAAGGAUCUGCAAGUUCAAUGGCCUGCCAGUAUCUACCUGGGUCAAUGUUGGAUUUUCCUUCUUCUUUUUAUACUUCUGUCUCACACCUCUAUGUAGGUUUGAAAAUUCCAAUGGAAUUAACAAUGGCAUUCUAAAUAAAAUUCCUAAAGUUGAACGAAUGACAUGUGAUCCGCACCUUUAAAAGUACAUCACUGAUGGCGAAGCAAAAAAAUAAACUGAAAGCAAAACAAGGCCUUGGAUUCGCGAACGCUGAGCGUUUGUCAGACCUAUUUUUGUAAUACAUUGGAUAACUCACGUGUCAGAGCAACUUACUGUAUAACUUAUGCAGAGUUAUUUUCAUAUGAUACAGUAUUAAAAAAAAACGAGUUGACCUCGGUCACAAAUGCAGUUUUUACUAUCAGAAGAAAAAGACGGUUUUAAUGUAAUUUGUACAUCUUUUUUAAAGAAUCUGUACAUUUGGUUAUUAUGUUUUUAGUUUUUUGUACUUUGUAACAUACAUUGUUUCAGGUUUGUUGUCUCCCUUAAAAAGUGCAUUAUAUCCAUUUCUUUAAAAGUUUCUCUGGCCUGUACCGUGUCUAGUUGGUAUGAUAAAUAUGUAGGUGGAUGGUGGGGUGAAGGCGUUUAAGGCGGAUUAUAGGACGACGUAUAUGGGUUCAGGAGAGGAAACAUGACAACAAUGAAAAUAUCAAAAUAUCAUAGUCCAAAGGCCAAACUAUUUCAGAAGAUCACCAAAGCUAAGGCCAACAUAUGGCUAUGAAAAUAAAAAAAAGGUUGGCUGGCUGCAUCUGGUUGUAUCUGGGUGCAUUUAACUUUAUUGUAUGUAGCAUUACAGCAAUAAUCCAAAAGAAUCAAUGUAACCCCAAUUCAGAGGGGCACAUUCGCUACUUAUAUAUAUGCAAAGAUGUACUAUUUGGAUAUUAAAUAUAUAUAAUUUUGCAAGUUAUCACUUUUUUAUGUUGUUCAGAAAAUGUUUGUAGUAUGAAGGUAAUGUCUUGUCAAAGGGCUAAUUUGUAAAGAAAAAAA